GAAUGCCAAAUCUAAAGCCCCAACUUUGUUCACUAAUAAUUUUUUUUUUUUCUCUCCAUAGCCUAAUCGACUCAUUCCCGAUUGCCAAACCCCAACGUCUACGUUUCUCAUCCUAUUGUUUGUUUGAGACUUGAGGGUGUUUUUGAAUGGCUUCAAAGCGGAUUAACAAGGAGUUGAAGGAUCUGCAGAAGGACCCUCCUGCAUCAUGCAGUGCCGGCCCUGUUGCCGAUGACAUGUUCCACUGGCAAGCAACAAUCAUGGGCCCAGCAGACAGUCCUUUUGCUGGAGGAGUCUUUCUUGUUGCCAUUCACUUCCCCCCUGACUAUCCGUUCAAGCCACCCAAGGUUUCCUUCAGAACAAAGGUUUUCCAUCCUAACAUCAACAGCAACGGAAGCAUCUGCCUUGACAUUCUCAAGGAGCAGUGGAGCCCUGCCCUUACCAUCUCCAAGGUUCUUCUGUCAAUAUGCUCGCUUCUUACAGAUCCAAACCCUGAUGACCCUCUGGUGCCUGAGAUUGCUCACAUGUACAAGACUGAUAGGGCCAAAUAUGAGAGCACUGCCCGCUCAUGGACCCAGAAAUUUGCAAUGAAUUAAGGGUCUGCCAGUAUGUCAUGUUUGAUCCCUAUUACCAGUAAAUAAUAGAAAUAACUUUGUCUGGUUAUUAUAAAAACAUAUUUGAUAAGUUUUGUUGUUUAUGUGGAUUUGGAAGAGUUAUUGCUCUUAAUUUAUAAGCUGAAACAGGUCCUCUAA